UUGUGUGUGAAAGAGAGAGAGAGAGAGAGAGAGAGAGAGAGAGCUGUGAAUCCAGACCCAUCUUCUUCUUCUUCUUCUCUGUUGUUGUUGUUGAUGUUGUUGUGUUGUGUUGUGUCGUGUCAGUUGUGUGUGUGUUUAUACUAGAUUAAGAUUAAGUCUUGUCUCCCCCAUUCGAUCAGAGCCACCUGAAUUGUAGACCGGCCGAGGUUGUUGUUGUUGAAUCGAACUCGGUUCGUUGGUUGUUGUCUGUCCGAGUGUUGGUCGUGGCCGUACAAUGGAGAGGUACGGUCGGAACAACACGGAAGGGUCGGAGUCGGAUCCAUCGCCGGAGUGGACCGCUCCGGGACCCGAGACCGGGCUGGAAGAAUCCAUGUGGCAGUUGGGCCUCGGACCCGGAGAAUCGUACCCGGAGCGACCCGACGAGGCCGAUUGCAGUUACUAUCUCCGGACUGGGAUUUGUGGCUACGGCUCUAGGUGUCGGUACAAUCACCCCCGUGAUCGUAGCGCGGUUACCGGAGCUCUGAGAGCUGGGGUUGUGGAGUACCCGGAGCGGGUGGGGCAGCCUGUGUGCCAGUAUUAUAUGAGGACGGGGACGUGCAAAUUUGGUGCCACUUGUAAGUAUCACCACCCUAAGCAGGGAGGAGGCUCGGCAUCCCCUGUAUCACUAAAUUACUAUGGAUACCCAAUGCGGCUGGGUGAAAGAGAGUGUUCGUACUAUGUCAAAACUGGACAGUGUAAGUUUGGUGCAACUUGUAAAUUCCAUCAUCCACCACUGACUGGCACACAAUCUCAAGUGCCAUCACAAGCCCAAGCUUCAAUUGUACCUGCGCCCACAAUGUAUCAAACUGUGCAAUCUCCAUCCGUUUCCUCACAGCCAUAUGGAACAGUAAUGGUUGCAAGACCUCCUUUGCUCCCUAGCUCAUACGUUCAAAGCCCCUAUGGUCCGAUGCUGAUUCCCCCUGGAAUAGUUCCUUUCUCUGGUUGGGGUCCAUAUCCGACUGGUGCAAGCCCAUUAGCUUCUCCUAGUACUCAAACCACUGUUGGUUCAGGGGCACUUUAUGGGAUAAAUCAACUAUCUUCUUCAGCGCCUGCAUAUACAGGAAUCUUUCCAACUGUACCUUUUUCUCUUGGUCCUCCAACCACUAGCCAGAAGGAGCAAUCUCAUCCUGAAAGACCUGGCCAAGCAGAAUGUCAGUAUUACUUGAGAACGGGGGAUUGUAAAUUUGGGUCCUCAUGUAGAUAUCAUCACCCAGCAGAAGUUGUUGCACCAAAAACGCCUGUUGCCCUUAGCUCAGUUGGUCUUCCAUCGCACCCGGGUGCACCACUUUGCACUCACUAUGCACAACGUGGAGCAUGCAAGUUUGGGUCAUCAUGCAAAUUUGACCACCCAAUGGGAACGCUCAGUUACAGUCCAUCAGCGUCUUCUGUCACUGAUAUGCCAGUUGCACCCUACCCAGUGGGAUCCUCAAUAGGUAUGCUAGCCCCAUCAUCCUCAUCGUCAGAGUUGCGGCCUGAACUCAAUUCAGGCACAAGCAAGGACUCAGUUUCUGCCAGAAUGUCUUCUUCACUGAGCACUGUUAGUGGAUCAGUUGGCUCCACUGUUUCUAAGGAUGAUGUUGCCCAUUUGGGUGAUCAACAGUCUGCUCAGGUUUCUGGUCCUUCAACUACCAGUGACAACGGUACAGAGUCUCAUAGUUCAAGUUAAGCAAGGUCCAGGGACUUUCCAUUGUCCUUUUUUGAUCAACUUUUCAACGAAAACAUCAUUUUUCUUUUGCAAGUCCUCCAACAGAGGCUUCAUAUCUCACUGGCUCAGCAUACCUCAGUUACGUUCAUCUGUGUGGCAUAUCAUCUCUAUAUGGCCCUUCCCUUUUAUCUUGAAUAAGCAUUGGCCAACCUUCAAAAGUUUAGCAAACCCAUAUAGUUCCAUCUUGCUCAUUAAUAACCAAGAAGAAAGCUUCCAUUAGGCAAUUUUAUCUCCAGUUCUCUGAUUUGGAGUGUGUUUUCAUCUGUACUCCAGCUCUGUCCAGAAUGAAAAGAUUAGUUCCAGUCUUUGUGCUUCCACAUUGACCGUGUAUUCACGAGUUUUCUUUCAAAUUGGGGAACAUUCGUUCAGUUCAACUUGGGAAUUUGAAUUCAUGUAAACCCCCACUUUUUGUCCAAGGUCUAUAUUGAGAACAGAGAAGUAAUUCAAAGACCCAAGGAGGCAUCAACAAUGCUACUUUAUAAGGGCUUAGAUACAUAGUUAUGUUGUGUCAAUGAAAUGCUCGACCAUGUUAUUGAUAAAUUUAUUAUGAAAUACAAAGUAUAUGAAGAGGCACUAUUGACUGUAUAAUUAUAAGCUCUCUUCCUGAUCAUAUUCUUGCUUUCACA